GAGGAGGAGGAGGAGAAGAAGAAGAGGCGGCGGCGGCGGCGGCGGCUGAGCGUGCUGCGCCCUGGCCGAGCCCGCCAGCGUGACGGCAUCGCCGGGGUCCCCGGGUGAUGCGGAGGAGGCGCUCGCCAUGAGGGAAGACACCAACGCCGACUUCACGGGGCGCUCCAGGAAGAGGAAGGCGGACGUGGCCGUGUUUCUGCAGGACCCCGACGAGGAAAUCGCGAAAGCGGACGUGACCAAGAAGAGACAAUUUGGGAACCAGCCGUGGAACAACGGUGACGCGAUCUACGGGAAUCCCUGCGCCCUGAUUCCCACACCCGACAAAGAGGAUGAUCCGGCAUCCCCAUCCUCCCCUUAUGGACUUCGGAGAUUUAAUCUGACCAGAACGUCACCGUUACCGUUACUGGGCUGGGCAAACAGAGAUGAGGUUUGGAAAAUCAUGUUAAAUAAAGAGCAGACAUACCUGAGGGAUAAGCACUUCUUGCAGAGGCACCCACUUCUGCAACCUAAAAUGCGAGCGAUUCUUCUGGAUUGGCUAAUGGAGGUGUGUGAAGUCUAUAAGCUUCACCGGGAAACGUUCUACUUAGCGCAGGAUUUCUUCGAUCGAUUUAUGGCAACGCAACAAAACAUAGUAAAAACGCUACUGCAGCUUAUCGGGAUCUCGUCUCUAUUUAUAGCGGCCAAACUCGAGGAGAUCUACCCGCCUAAGUUGCACCAGUUUGCGUACGUAACAGACGGGGCCUGUACGGAAGAUGAAAUUCUCAGCAUGGAGCUGAUCAUAAUGAAAGCCCUCAAGUGGAAUUUGAGCCCCCUGACGGUUGUGUCCUGGUUAAACGUAUACAUGCAAGUCGCGUACCUGAAUGAUUUUUACGAAGUGCUGGUGCCCCGGUACCCCCAGCAGAUCUUCGUCCAGAUCACGGAGCUCUUGGAUCUCUGCGUGCUGGACGUCGGCUGCCUAGAGUUCCCUUACGGCGUGCUCGCCGCCUCGGCCCUGUACCAUUUCUCUUCGUCCGAGCUGAUGCGGAAGGUCUCAGGCUACGAGUGGCGCGACGUCGAGGAGUGCGUGAAGUGGAUGGUCCCGUUUGCUGUGGCCAUAAGGGAGGCGGGGAGUUCGAAACUGAAACGCUUCAGGGGCGUUCCGACCGAAGACCUGCACAACAUACAGACGCACGUGAACAGCUUGGAUUUGCUGGGAUGAAAAGAGGAAUGGGUGGCUCUGAUUGGCCCGGGGUGUCUGGGGACAGAGCUCAAGCAAAGCAAGCCAUAUUGGCUGAACACAAUAGGACUUCUCCUCUCCCCACCGGCGUCCUGACGCCCCCGCAGAGCAGCAAGAAACAGACCACUGAGCGGAAGGCAGUGUGACUGCCGACGUUUCCCGUCAGAGACAGUUUUGCCCAAGUGCCCGUUCCAAGUUCUGCUCCGUCCAGUGCCGCCCGGGGAGUUUCUCAGCUUUUAUGGAAUAUUUUUUUUUUAAAAAAAAAAAAACAAAAAAAAAACGGAAAGCCGCCCCUCUUCCCCGGGGGGCGGUUCUCUCGACAGAAGAAACUCCCGUUUCUCUGGGGGCCGGGGGGAGGGUGGGGGAAGUGUUUUUGGUUUGGUUUUUUUUUUACGGAACUAUUAUUUUAAACGGGUCGAGUACACCGGCCACCUAAAGAACACUGACGAGUGGUCCCGAUGCUGCUAAGGAAGGUGAUACUUGACUCCGCCAACUCAUCACACGCGACACACGCGCACGCUUGAAGUCAAGAAGCGGGAUCUCUGCUUCGCGGGGGUCGCUUCAGAUCGGCUGGCUCGGGAAAUGGCCGAGAGCGUUGGGAGGAGGAGGGCGAGUCGGCCGAGGAAGGUAGCACGUUUUUAAAGCUUUUUUCUCUCCCCCCCCCACCCCCCCCCCCCGCAUUAUCGACGCCUUUUCCGAACCCCCCUAUGUAAAUGCUGCUAUGUCUCCGUAUAUCGAUUCUUAAUAAAGAUGCCGUCUUCGAGACGGUUAGUUUUAUGGAA